CCACUCUUUCCUUCUUGUACAAAAUUUCCUCUUCCUUCCCGUUCGUGGUUGUAUGUCGGCUCUAUAAUAACACAACUAACCGCUGCAUCUUUACACUCGCACAAAAAACACACUAAUUGGUCGCCGCUCAGCCGCGCGAAGGGAGGAUUUCCACGCGAACGACUUUUCCGACCUCCACACUCCUCGUUGAAUUGCUGCGUUUUUCUAAUCUCGCAGAAACCGAAUAACUAAUUCCUGAAGAAGCUGUAUCGGACACAGCAGCUGUUGUUUGUUUUUUUUUCUUUACCGAGGAGUAAGUCGAAGGGAUGCGGGGUUUCACUGGUGCGCAACGGGCAGGUGUCCAUGAGGGCGCCACGGAUGAGUUUGGACGCAGUGAGCGCGUCUUUCUCGGGGCAGGAGGAUCCAUGUCCAUCAGAUGACUGGAAGCUCUGUCCGUGGUGAGCGAGGAUCAGCCCAUGUUUGAGCCGCCCUACCCAGCAGCCCCGGUCAUGCACAUGAAGGUCGAGAUGACGUCGCCAGGAGUUUACGGCCAGGCCUCCAAGCAGAGCCCCGAGGCCGCCGAGCCGGAGUGGGUGGGGUCAGCGGCGCAAAACCCUGGGAAAAGAGGCGAACACGUCAACGGGACCAGCCGUGAGUCCCCUGUGGACUGCAGCGUCACCAAACGCUCCAGACACAUGAGCAACGACGGGGCCCCGAUGCCGUACCAGGCCUCGUACGUGGAGCCUCGCGUCAGCCCCCAGACCGCCACCCCGCCCAGCAGCACCACAGAGGAGAAGAGGGUCAUCGUGCCAGCAGAUCCAGAGGUGUGGACACAGGACCACGUGCGACAGUGGCUGGACUGGGCCAUCAAGGAGUACGUCCUGGAGGAGGUGGACGUCAUGCUCUUCCAAGCCCUGGACGGCAAGGCCCUGUGCAAGAUGACCAAGGAUGACAUGAUGCGUCUCACGUCGGCCUACAACGCAGACAUGCUGCUCUCGCACCUCAAUUACCUCCGGCAGAGUAGCCCGACUUUCUCCUACCCCACAACUCCCACCAACAACACCCCCCCACAACAACCCAGACUACAGGUGAAAGCAGAAAGCGGGUUUGAUGAGAUCAGCCGCAGAAACAGCUGGCCAGCAAACACCAUGACAGCAGUGCCUAAAGGUUCCUCCAUGGAGCACCAGCACGGCACAAGAGUUACAGACCCAGCUCCAAGAAUUGUGCAAGACCCAUAUCAGACACUAGGGCCCAUCAGCAGUAGAUUAGCCAACCCAGAAGGCCAAGCCCUCAGCUCAUCCAAGAACCGAACGGGCAAACAAAGUCCGUACAAGCUCCCUGACCCCAGCGCUCACAGGCCUGUGGGUUCAGGGCAGAUCCAGUUGUGGCAGUUCCUGCUGGAGCUGCUGUCCGACAGCAACAACGCUGGCAUCAUCACCUGGGAGGGCACCAAUGGCGAGUUCAAGAUGACCGACCCCGAUGAGGUGGCCAAGCGCUGGGGCGAGCGCAAGAGCAAGCCCAACAUGAACUACGACAAGCUGAGCCGCGCCCUGCGCUACUACUACGACAAGAACAUCAUGACCAAGGUGCACGGCAAGCGCUACGCCUACAAGUUUGACUUCCAGGGCAUCUCGCAGGCGCACCAGAACCACUCGGCCGACGGUGGGAUUAAGUACCAGACUGAGAUGUCUUAUGUCCAGCCCUACCACAGCCACCAGCCCAAAAUGAACUUCAUGGGUGGACACCCAGCACCUAUGCCCGUCUCCCCCGGCAACUUUUUUGCCCCCCAGUCGACGUACUGGAACUCCCCCAACAGCCCCAUCUAUCCUGGGUCAGCCAUGACCAGGCAUCCCGCUACCCACUCCCACCUGAGCUCGUACUACUGAGGACGGGGCGUUUCACACCUGACAGGGAAAACAUGGCAGAGGACAACACGUUCACGUCUUCCAGGAUGAGCUGAACCCCGUCUGAAAUGAAGGUGAUAUGACGCUGCGGUCCGCUUGAUGAGGGCAUUAGGAAGUUGUCUUUGGCACAUUCUUUGUUGAAAAUGGGCAAAAUAUGAGGGUAAAUUAAUUCUGUGAUGAAUGUAAAGGAUUAAUAUCGUACUCCUCGCCUAGUUUUCUUUUCUGAAUACACUGAAGACAAUAUAUUAACGGUUAUACAGUUAUGAUACCAAGUUUUUUUUUUUAUUUGUACAUUGAUAGUAAACUGUAAAGACACAAGUCAAACCCUUUACUGUGUGAGUAGCACAAUGGAUAGCAUACCUGCAGUUUUCACAUUCAAUGUGACUGACAUUUGUAAAAGAGAAGUUGUACAGAAUGAUUCUCAUGUAGCGAUGUAACAUUUACUCAUGAUGUAAAGCUAAUAAAUGAUGCUUGUACCUGGAA